CUAUAGACACAUUCUGUAAGUCGUGUUUUUAUUUACCUAGGUACCUACUUUUGAUUGAUGUUUACUUUCAGUAUAGUAUCAACUUAAUAUUAUAAUCUCAUUUAUUGAAAGAAAUUAGUUAAACAAAAUACACAAAACCUUUGCCUAGAAAAUAGAAGCUAUGAACGCAUAUUAAAGUAUUGAUUUUCUACGUUUGACAUUUACUUAACAUUAAACCGUAAACGCCAUUUCCAUUGAUUCUGAUUGUGUAGCUUUUUAUUUUAAAUGGCUUAAAAAUCUAACUCUGCUCUAAAUAUUAGUGUACAAAUAACUAGUAACAAGUAGAUAAAUUAAUAAUGUUGAAUUGUAAAUUAAAAGCUGUCCAACAUCAACACUUUCGGGGUUAAAAUAGUAUCGUUACUAAGUUUUCAUUACCUCUGUCGGUAUUAUUGAACUAUAAAAAAAACAUGUAAAAUUAACGAGUAACAAACCUUUGUAAAUAACAUAGUAAUCCUAACAGACUAACCAAAACGGAAUAUAUUAAGGAGUGGAAAAAACGUGAAAAUUAAACAUUUGUCAUCAGUAUGAUUUGUAGUCAGAGGUGCUUAGGGCGCGGUUAUAUUUAUAAUAAUUUAAUGCCUAUGUAAAUUGUGUUCCCAAGUGGAAUGACAGUAGCUGAAUGUUUCCAAAGGUUAAUUGAUGUUGAAUAUUGUGAAUAUGGACUCAACCACUGAACACUGGGAUCCAGCUCUCACCCGUCUCCUUGCAUCAUUAAAAGAAGUACAAUCAGGUGGAGAAGAUGUUGCAUUCCUAAGUGAACUGCUGCAGUCCAAACAACUCCAUGCUCUUGUCCAAGUACAUAACAAGAUAGUGGCCAAAGGCAAAGAUGAUAAGUUCUAUCCUCUCUUGUCGAACGCCAUGCAAGUAACCUUAGAAGUAUUUGAGCUCCUCCACGAUGUAGUGUCCGUUUCAAAGGAAUAUAGAGAACUGCUUAACUUAUUGCAGAAACCACAUUUCCAAGCAAUACUUUGCACUCAUGAUGCCGUUGCUCAAAAAGAUUACUACCCACAUCUCCCUGAUGUUCCACCUGAACUAGAUGAUGAAGAAGAAACUGUAAAAAUUGUUCAAUUAGUUAAGAGUGACGAGCCUUUGGGUGGAGCACAGAGUGCAGAACCAAUAGUGGGAGCCACGAUUAAGACAGAUGAAGAAACGGGGAAAAUCGUGAUAGCACGGGUAAUGCACGGCGGAGCCGCCGACAGAUCUGGCUUGAUCCACGCUGGCGAUGAGGUGAUCGAAGUCAACGGCAUCAGCGUGGAAAACAAAACACCUGCUGAUGUGUUAUCGAUACUGCAAAGUUCUGAAGGCACAAUCACCUUUAAAUUAGUGCCGUCAUUUGGAAAAGGAGGUUCAAGAGAGAGUAAAGUGAGAGUUCGCGCACUCUUCGAUUACAACUCCUCAGAAGACCCUUACAUACCCUGCAAGGAGGCUGGUCUUGACUUCAAAAAAGGAGAUGUUUUACACAUCGUGUCUCAGGAUGAUGCUUACUGGUGGCAAGCUCGAAGGGAAGGUGAUAGAGUAAUGAGAGCAGGUUUGAUACCGUCAAGAGCUCUGCAAGAAGGUCGCAUUAUUCAUGAAAGACAAACAGACCCACAAACAUUGGACGGCAAGCCGGCCCUUUGCAGUGUCUCCAAUUCAAACUCGGACUGUGCUCCAAAAACUCCAUGUUCACCAACGCCGUCGGCCACAGCUCUCCUCCCCUGCAAGUCUACACCUAAAGUGAAAAAGGUUAUAUAUGAUAUUACAGAAAAUGAUGAUUUUGACCGUGAAAUGAUACCGACAUACGAGGAGGUGGCGCGGUUAUACCCGCGCCCGGGGAUGGUCAGACCCAUUGUGUUGGUAGGUGCGCCUGGUGUCGGUAGGAAUGAGUUGCGCAGGAGACUGAUUGCUACCGAUCCUGAGAAAUAUGUGACACCAAUACCAUUCACUUCCCGUGUCCAAAAAUCGAGUGAACAGAAUGGUAAAGAUUACAUGUUCGUCAGUCGUGACAAAAUGGAACAGGAUAUAGCAGACGGGAAAUUUAUCGAGCACGGUGAAUAUAAGGGUAAUUUAUACGGGACGACGGCGGAGAGCGUCGAGACCAUCAUAAAUUCGGGUCGUGUGUGCGUGUUGAGCCCUCACUGGCAAGCUCUGAAGAUGCUUCGUACCCCUCGAUUGCGGCCUUAUAUCGUGUUCAUCAGACCACCUACGCAUGAACGCCUAAUCGAGACCAGGACAGCAGCUAAUGCACGCUCCACUUUCGACAAGGAAUGCUCCCGUGCUUUCACUGAAGAAGAGUUCUCAGACAUCGCGCGGUCGUCCAACCGCAUCAACUUCCUGUACGGCUACAUGUUCGACGAGGAGAUCGUGAACGAGGACCUGGCCAGCGCUCUCUCGCAACUCCUGAAGACAGCCUGGCGGGUGCAGUCCGAGCCGCUGUGGGUGCCUGCCUCCUGGGUCCAGUAACUUUAAUAUUCAUAUACUCUUGUUACUUUUAAUCGUUUAUCCAUGGAAUCGUUCAUAAAACCGCUGCAAAAAUCUAUAAAACAAUGUAGCACCUACGUACAAGUAACGAAAUUUUGUUUAUUGUAGAGAAGAGCAGUAUUUUCCCAGUAAAGUGUAAUAUUAUGUAUAUUUUUGUUAAAAGAAAAUAAUGUCUAGAUUAAUUUGGUUCGAACAUUGAGUGGUUCCUUGAUAAAGACGAAAAGCCUUAAAUUAAAUAAUUACAUAUAUUUUUGCUUAAUAGAAUAUUAUUACGAACAGGGCUUCGCAAAUAGAUUAAGAUAUUUUAUUAUGUGAUUUUAUUAGAAAAAGAGAUGUUAAACGCAUAUCGUAGGGUUGUUUUGAGCGUUAAAUUUAUGUACCCGAGCAGCUGUUAGUGUUUGUGUGCUUGCGUUGCAUAUUAUUCGACAGACGGUGAAGAAAAGCGUAAUUUGAAAUGCUGGCGAUACACACUGUUACAUGAUGCAUUCAACUUGUCUUAGUCGAGUAAAAUUACUCCAAUAACAUUGUUAUUGCCUUAAAACGAAAUCUACUUAAUUGUCGAAUUAAAAUUAUUCUAAAAUCUUAAUAAAAUUUAGUUCAAAUAUUCAGUUUUAAAUAUGUAAAUUAUUGAAUUUGUUCAUUAUGAACAUUAGCAAACUUAUUAAUAUUAUUUAAUAGGUUUACUUCGCUUGGUUCAAAUUUCUGUUUAAAUUAGUUUCGUUUGUCGCCUUUAAAAUGAGAUGAACGCGGUGAAUUAUUGACAUAAUACAUGUCUUUAGAUAAUACUAAUAUAAGGUAGGUACUACAGAAUUAUAGCACUGAUAUGUACCUACCUACAUGUUUGAUCUCAUUAAUUUAUUUGUAACUAGAAACGGAAGGUACAAUAUAUGUUGUAACAAGAUUACGCGACUAAGGCAAUGAGAUAGUGUUUUGCACGAGAGAACUUUCAGUCGUGGUGUCUGCCUACAAUGAUCUGUAGCUACUAAUAUGGGACCUGUAGGGCUUGAAAACAUAAGUUCUAUGACCUAUUAUAGCUAAAUAGAUGUGAUUGUAGUGAAGGUUUCCUCUGGGAUGUGUAGGUACAUGCUAUAGUUUGCGUAGGUCAGGUUGUUUUGAAAGGAAAAUACAGGCAGUCUGUACAUUUUACAAAAUACAGUUUGUAUUGAAAUAAUGUAGCGAUUGUGUCUUGGUUGACAAACCCGUGAAUUAUAUUCUGUGUAUACCUGUGAAGAUAUAGUUAAUUUUGCUUGUAAGUGUGAUCUUCACAAACAUAUUAUGUGUGAUGAAAAUUAGGUUUUAGGCGCUUUCUGAAACCUACCUAUGAAAAAUAAAAAAUAUUGGUAUGAUGGCAUUAUAAAUAAAUCUCGCCCAAAAUACAAUGUUUUGCACGGAGCAACAUUAAUUGGUAUACAGACAACACAUCGACACAUCUCAUAUACACUUUCUACAAUAUACAUGCGUGGGUAAUUUUAUAGUAAUGUGCAUAAAACAUGUUUCAUUACGCAUAAACUACUAAAUAUCAUUUUCGUGUGGGUAUACGCAUUAAUUAAAUAAUUAAAUAAAAACCAAGGGUAGACAUAAAAAUACACGUAACAAACAUGGACAUGACUGCCUGUAUUUAGUUAUGGCUAGUUAGAACACAUUCUAAAAUACAAUUACAUAGUUCAAUAAGAUAGCAAUAAAACAAAGUCGCUUAGCAAAGUUAUUUUAUAGAUAUUAAUAUAUUAUUAUACAAAGACAAUAUACAAAUACCAGUUAGAAGUUAUUUAUCGGCAACGCUCCUAAUGUAAGGGAACAUAAGGAAUAUUCAACACCAUUAUUUAAAUAAUGACGUGUUUACGGUCUGAUGUAGAGUGACCCGUUUCAUAUUAUGCACUAGUUACCUGAUAUAUAUUAUUAUAUCUCUCGAAAUAUUCUAUUAGGAUUGAUAUAAAAUCUUGAUGUUACUAAUUUUGUCCAAUGCAGGUAUAACAUGGUACUAUGUACUACAUGAAGGAAAGAUGUUGCAACUAGUACCGAUGUACUUCACAAGAAAUAUCUAUUUAUAACAAUACAAGGGAUAUUUGUGAAAAAGAGAAGGCAUAUGGAAGUAAUAAAAGAGAUAUUUAUAAGAAAUAGGGGGUCUAGUGUUAAUGUAAGCGCUAGAAACAGGUCACAAACUACUCGACUUUACUCACGUAUAUUUAAUAGAUGUACUUGCAAAUUAUACGCUUUAGAAGACGAUUUAUUUACUAUAUUUAUAAGAUACAUAAUAUGUUACUAAGUAUCGCAAUAUUACAUACGGCCAAUUGAUAGUUAAGACCAACGUUUACUACACAUUUACAUAGAACACUCGCAUUUUAUCAGCCGAACUUAAGAUGAGGCUUUUUUAUUAUUAUUAUUAAUUCAAACAAAUAUACCUAUUUUGUAAUAACAGGACGAAUGAAACACAUACAAUAUUUUUACUAGGUUAGGAUAAAAUAAUAAUAGUCAAGAACAGAAACACAAUCCUGUUCAACACCCUCUUAUUUAACCAUUUAAAGUUACUACAAAUUAAAUAUACUUAGUAGUUUCUUACUAUUUCAACUUAACUUUUUCAGAAAAUUUGAUCUUUAUAAAAAUGGAAUAUUAGUGAAUAUGAGCCCAUCAAACCUGGCAUGGGUUCACAUUGGUCGGUACUAACUGGUCACUUAGUAUGUUGUAUCGACAGUCACAACAUAGGAAUCAGUACGAAGUUUUUCGCCUUAAGUAAGUAGUAUUUACUAACCUGCAAUAACAGUUUGACUGAUAACUUCCCUACCCAAUAGGUUGCCUUAAAUAACUACCGUACCCACUUAAACAUCCUUUAUCAAUGUGUAAUAUGUAAGCACGUUUUUAUUAAUUCGUUAAUAUAUGUACAUUACAUAAUAUAACAAUUGUUAUUGUCUUACUAUAUUUUAUAAGCGUAAAUAUUUUGUUAUGUCUUAGCUAACUCAAGUAUAGUGUUCGUUAAUAUAAGUAAACAAAUGAAUCAGAUAAAGUAAAUGUACUAAAUUAACUUAUACAUUAAUUGUUGUUUUAUGUAGCUAAUGAUUUCACGUUUUGUAGUUCGUUUUAUAUAAUAGGGGAUCGGGCAGUAAGCAGUAACGAUGAAUACGGUUUUCUAGUCAAACAAUGGGUGUGGUACCGUUUUAAGAUGAGAGCUAAAUAAAUAUGGCUACAUUAACGUGUUAACUGGUUACUUUGUCCGGUCCCGUAUUAAUGAGAAUCCUUAGGUUUUGUAUUAUGUAGUUUAGUUAGUUACCACUGUGACCUGAGUAGUCGAUAGUUAUAUAAAAAAUCUUAGACUUCAUCACACAUAAAUCUGUUAACCAAAUCUAGUCACGUGAUUUCUAGUGCUAGUGGAUUUAGAUAGACUGAAAGAUUCUUAUGUUAUAUGGCUAAAUGCUAUCUAGUAAAUGUAAUUUAUAACUUUCUUGACACUAUCUAUUGUGCACUUCAAUAGUUUAUAAGUAAACCAAAUCAAAUCGACCUCUAACUUUACCUUACCUUAUUCGUUGGUGUAUAUUAAAAUAAGCAAAAUCAAAUGCCACACAAUAAAAUAUAAAUUAAUCGAACACUAGUAUUAACUUAAAAAUCGAAUAUCUAUAAAUUACGUGGUGUUUAAUCAAUUCAUAUUUGAUUCUUUGGCAUUCAAUUUGGCGUAAUACACCAUAGGUAACAUUAAAUGUCAUGCUUAUGCUUAUUACCUAAUUUCUCAAUGUUAAUGCUAAUGUAAAACAAAAUUUUGGAUAGUAAAAUUGUUAAAUAUUCUAAUCAAUACCAACAAAAUUAAAAGACGUUACUCAAAAGUCUGAAUAUACAAAAUGGGAUAACAUGCCCUAUGUAAAUAAUUGUAAUGAUGGCUAACGUAGUUAAUAAUUUAAAAUUUGUAUGUACCAAUAUCGUCAACGUUUAUCUAUCGUGCUUUCAAAGCAUACAAUGUAAUUAUUAACAUUCACUAUAUCUGCACUCUUCAUCUUGCACAAACGAAAAUUAUACACUAAACUACAUUUUAAUAUGAUCUCUGAUGAGCUAAAAUACUUCUCUCGCUUGCGUAGACGGUCUAUCUGGACUCAACACUUCGGUAAUAUUAAAACUCACAUCUGGGCCUAAUACAUGUAAAAAUUAUUAUAAGACAAGGUUACAGUUUGUUAUUAGUGUCCCUUCACGUUUAUACUAAAUCUGUCUGCUAUACUUACCGUUCUUUGAGGUGGUUGUAAUUAUUCCAUUAAUUGUGUAUUUUCGCCAAUAACGAGCCAAGACAUUGUACUGUAAAAAUGCGGCCUCGCAAUAAAUGGAAUACUUACAAUAAGCAUUAAAUUACUAAAAGCAUUGACAAUAAAAUAAAUGCAAUAUCAAACGCCCCCUGCUACGCGGUUUACAAAUAGGUGAUAAUCGUCAUACAUAACCGAUUGUGAUAAGAUUUAUGAAGAUAUAUACAAUAUAAUAUAUAGUUUGUAAUAUUUAAAUUCGUUACAAAACCACAAAGGCAAGUAAACCUCAUUUACUCAUAUAAAGAGAACAAUAGAUAGCAAUAGACAUAUAGAUGGAGGAUAGGUAGUCAAUGAUAGAGAUCGAUAGUAAAGUUAUAUCGACAUUAGUCGCGUGGAGUUCCAUUGUGUUGUAUUUGUCCAUGUAUUACCUAGCUGUAAUUAUACAUUUUUGAUUAUUGCUAUACCAGCAACUAGUUGUGGCACGAGAGAAGUUUAUUGUUGCGUGUGUGUGGAUAUGAAACCUUUCUUGUAUUUAUAAUUAUGUGUUCACGAAACCUAAUUAAAAGGUACCUCAUCUUAAUGAUAAAGUGAUAUCUAAAUGUUGUCGAAAUAAAUUAUUUUCUCACCCAUUGGUCCCUUAAUAUCGUACCUGUCAUUACCUUGCGUACCUUAGUCUAAGUAAUUCUACGAGUGUAUGCGUGAAACCUACCCAUGAAUGUCAACAAAAUAAAUGUUCACAAGCACUUAUUUUUACUGUUUAUAAUCCAACGUAUUAAAAUAUACAAUGAGUUGAUCAUUUUUAAAUCUGUUUAAAUAUCUUUAAUAAGGAGAAUAGAUCUCAAUUCAUAUGUAUAUAUUUUUUUAAGAUUCAGUAUCUGUAGUAAAGAUAAUGUAUAAGGUGUAACCAAAGAAAUAUCUCGAAUAAAUGAUACGAAAAUAA